AUGAGUGGCAGUGGUUCUGGUUCUGGCCCGCUCCAGCCUACAUGGCAUGGGUUCAUCCAGAACAGCAUGGAUGGACUUGUCCUCUUCGAGGCCUGUUUGAGCGGAAAGCUGCACCAUGUUCCCCGUCGUCCACACGACCGUGAGCGUGCAAGCUUAAUCAAGAGUGGAAGUGUUUUCAUCUAUGAAGAAAACGCGUCGGGCAUCAAGCGAUGGACUGACGGCGUCGCUUGGAGUCCUAGUCGCAUCUUGGGAAACUUUUUGAUCUACCGCGAACUUGAGAAGCCCUUCCCUCCUGGCGAGAAGAAGCGUGCGAUGAAACGCAAACGAUCUUCUCAAGAACCCGAAGGCCGCCGCGAAUCUGAGGACAACGAAUCUGCCGCACCAGGUACAACUGACAGCGAGAAAGAGGUGGAGCGUCAGCUUAUCGGCUCUCUUGUCGACAGUUACGGCUUCAGGCCCAAUGGCCUUGUCAAGAAGACCAUGAGCAUCUCCUUGAACGGCGUUUCGCACCACCUGGUUUCUUACUACACUGUCGAAGAUGUCAAGCAACGAAAGCUCCAACGACCCUUGACUGACUCGCGUCUCAAUGGCAUAGCGAUUCGACCUGAGUUAUACUUGAAGCAAAAUUUCCGUGCACCUGUUGAGGAG